AUGCAACAGGUGAGGGUUAAAUACCUGAGGAAGGAGGAGCUUCACUGCAGUCUCACUGAAACUAGUCGACCUUUGAGACUAACAGAGAAAGAGUGUGAGACAGAAGCAGAGAGCACAAUGAGCACAGAUUUCACUCAGGACUCGGUGUUACAUUUCCUCCAGAGCAGAGGAGGCACGGUGAAGAACUCGGAUCUGCUUCUGCACUUCAGACCCUUCCUGCGGGAUCAUGCGGAGCCGAUUCGGAACCGCGAUCUCUUCAAAAAGUUCGUCAACUCGGUGGCCACAGUUAAACAAGAGGAAGGCGUCAAUUACGUCAUUCUCAGGAAGAAAUUUAGAGGACAUGUCCCGGGAGGAGGUGGUGUGGUUUCUUCAGGACAAGCGCGAUUGCCCGCCGGGAAGAACGCUGAACCCUCCCCGGAGAAAAGCAACCCUAAAUCGGCUGUGAGCAGAGCGAAUCCUCGGCAGAAAGCACAUCUGAGGGAGGAGACAACCCCCGCCCCGCUGGGACGUACCGCCAAACCAAUCCUACCUGCAGCUGGGCUCGUGCUCAACAACAACAACAACAAUGUGGAAACUAAUCUUAACCUGAAACAGCAGCAACAGCUGAUCAGCACACCUGAGCUGUUUGCUGGACCAGCAUCUGAUCAGCUGGUGGGUCACACUCAGAUCCCAGAGAGGACAGAGCUGAAGACCCCUAGUCUGCCAGAGACUUCAGCCCAGGACCAGCUUGUGAAGGUGGGACAGAAUAAUAAGGUGAGGUUUGGUCCACCUGCUUUCAGACAUCAUGGAACAACCAGCCAGCAGGUCCCAGGCCCAGAGACCCUCCAAGAGCGGCAGGCCAGUCUACAGCCUAAGGGAGGUCUUCAUCAGGACCCUGUUCCUGAUGCCAACCAGCAGGUCCCAGGCCCAGAGACCCUCAAAGGGAGGGAGGCCAGUCUACAGCCUAAGGGAGGUCUUCACCAGGACCCUGUUCUUCAUGCCAGCCAGCAGGUCCCAGGCCCAGAGACCCUCCAAGAGCGGCAGGCCAGUCUACAGCCUAAGGGAGGUCUUCAUCAGGACCCUGUUCCUGAUGCCAACCAGCAGGUCCCAGGCCCAGAGACCCUCAAAGGGAGGGAGGCCAGUCUACAGCCUAAGGGAGGUCUUCACCAGGACCCUGUUCUUCAUGCCAGCCAGCAGGUCCCAGGCCCAGAGACCCUCAAAGGGAGGGAGGCCAGUCUACAGCUUAAGGGAGGUCUUCAUCGUGACCCUGUUCCUCAUGCCAGCCAGCAGGUCCCAGGCCAAGAAACCGUCAAAAGGAGGGAGGCCAGUCUACAGCCUCAGGGAGGUCUUCAUCAGGACCCCUCUCCUCAUACUCUGGUGGCCCCACGCCGCACCAGAUUCAGGCAGAGCUACAAAACUGCGGUCUCUUACGAUGACGAUGAGGAGCAAGAGGAGGAGGUCCCGAUGAGGCAGGGCUCAGCGUGGCCCUUGGGCGCUCCACUAGGGCACUCACAGAGGGUCAUUUCUGCCUCCUCACCAUGCAUCAUAGACCAGCCUGCGCCUCCCUCUGUCAUCUCCUCCUCCUCUUCAUCGGAAAGGAAUCCCCCAAAAAUUAUCAUCCGGGGUGUGGGAGGGGAAACGCUGCCCCCUCGUGGAGGAUGGAGCGGACAGUCGGGGGCGGAGUUAAGAGGGCAGUGGGCAGGGCCAGAAGCUGCAUCUGUCCCGGGGGACAUGAUGUCCACACGACGCAGCUUGCCUUUAGAGGCACAGCGCUACAUCCCGUCUCCAGACCGAGCUGAGGAGGUGCCACAGGACCACCACCCGGACCACCAAUACUCGCACUCUGCAGAUGUGCAGCUGGAGGCCAGGCAGGGGUCGAGUCAAGAUCAAAAAUCGUGGCUGACGUCUAGUUGCAGCAGUGUCUUCUCUCCCUCAUCUGACGGCGGCUUCAGGAGUGACUGUCCGCCCUCUGACUCCCCCAGAGGAUCAGGGUGGAACAGCAGCUCCGAGGAUCUGGAGCCCAGAGCAGGUGAGACUGAGGGUAAAGUUCAGGAAGUACUCCAGCGAGCCAAAGCGACUAAACUUGAGUCCGUGACACAUCGAGCUGAGAGUAAAACCACAAAGCCAUGGCAUCACUCUACAGGGAAUCUUCUUAAUGACCAGGAGCCCUCAGCCCGGGUGUCUCCACUGCAUCAUUCCACUGACCAUCUCCAUGUCAACCAGCAUUCUACACCCAAAGUGUUGCUAUGGCACGGCUCCACAGGAGAUCUUGAUGACGCAGAGUCGAGCGAUGGCUCAGCCUCUUCCCCUCCAGUGCGGAAGCGCCCGGCGGUGGCCAGACGGCUGAGUAGCAAGCUGAGGAGCCGGAUGUGUCGCAGCCUGGGUGCCAACCUCGACCAGCUCCUCGAUGAAGAGACGAGGGGAGCAGGAGGAAACGAAGCAGCUCGGCUGAACCGCCUCCACCUGAUCUCGUCCUCGCUCAGCCUUCACUGCAACCUGUCGUCCUCCUCGCUGUCGUCCUGUUCCACUCCACCUCGCUGCCAGAGCCUCGCCGACUUGGAAGAGGGGGAGGAGGGGAAGGGAGGGAGGAGCCGUCAGAUAAAUAAACAGUCACUAGUUCCCCUGGAGCACAGGGAGCACAUGUGGGUGGUGAAAGGGGCAGCAGGCGCCUGGCCCGACAUCUACUCCCUGUUCAGAGAGGACUCGUCUCUACUCAACAAACGAGAUUUCAUCUCUGGCUUCACUGUGCUGCACUGGAUUGCCAAACACGGUGACCACAGAGUCCUCAAUACCUUAUGGUAUGGAGUAGAAAAGGCCGGUUUGACCAUGGACAUAAACGCCAGGUCAUCGUGCGGCCACACACCUCUCCACAUCUCUGCUAUCCACGGCCACAAGAACAUCAUGCGGUUGCUGGUUAAAAAGUUCAGCGCUGACGUGAAACUGAGGGACACAGCAGGAAAGAAGCCGUGGCAGUACCUGAGCCACACUAUGUCACCGGACAUCUUCCAGCUGCUGGGAGCACCAGCGCGGGCCAGUUUAGGAGAGGGGGCAGGAGCUCGGAAAGCAGACCACAGCUUGGAACCGCAGCAGCAUCGUCGUCGUCAUCGGCGUCAUCACUUCUCCUCUGCUUCAGGAGACAGGCCACUGACCAUCGCAGGCACGGCUAAGGUCAAAAGGUCUACAUCAAUUGCGGCACUCCUCAAACACAAGUCAUUGCGUCGUAUUCACGGACAUCUUUCUGAAUCCUCAAUUUAAAAACCUCAACUGACGGACAUAACUGAGGUUUCUGUAGAAUUCUGCAACCAGGCUCGAUCAACCACUCGACUGAGCAACUGUUUGAGCCAGCCAGUGGGUUUUGCAAACACAAAGUAGGUUUAAACUUGACCCGGGUCUAACAACAAUAUGACCAUGGUCAAGAGGCUAAUAAUCUGCCUUUUGUGCUCCACAGGCUGAUUCUUGACAGUGACAUCUUCCCCUGCCAUUAUGGCAAACUCAUAAACGACAUUUUGUUACUGUACCGAGUACAGUGUAACAAUUGUAGUUUAAAACUUUGACACAUUCCAACUUGCUAAUCAUCAAGAGCUAAUAUAUA